GAGAGAGGCCUGAAGGAGCCGGAGGCAGGGAGCAGCAUCAGCACAGCGGGGGCGCCUGGAUGCUGCGCCCGUCAUCUUCACCCUGUGCAUGAGGUGCCUCCUGAUCCGCGUGGACCAGCUGCCUCGUGUGCCUAUCCUCCUCAAGAGGUCACCGCUGAGGGAGAUGUCCCCGCAGUCGCCCGUCCUUGUGCUGCUGUUGUCAGGAUGGAGGUGAAGGGACACAGGUGAGCGCCAAGCCCGCACAGCAACGCCAGGAUGCCGGGCUGGAUGAACAAGCCGGGCUCCCGCUCCACCGCCUCCCUGCCGCCGGAGCCCAUGGACAUUGUGCGCAGCAAGGCCUGCUCCCGGCGAGUGAAGCUGAACGUCGGGGGUCUGGCCCAUGAGGUCCUGUGGCGCACCCUGGACCGACUCCCGCGCACCCGGCUAGGGAAGCUGCGGGACUGCAACACCCACGAGGUCCUGAUGGAGAUCUGCGACGACUACAGCCUAGAGGAGAACGAGUACUUUUUUGACCGUCACCCGGGCGCCUUCACGUCCAUCCUGAACUUCUACCGCACUGGCAAGCUGCACAUGAUGGAGGAGAUGUGCGCGCUGUCCUUCAGCCAGGAGCUCGACUACUGGGGCAUCGAUGAGAUCUACCUGGAGUCGUGCUGCCAGGCGCGGUACCACCAGAAGAAGGAGCAGAUGAACGAGGAGCUCAAGCGCGAGGCCGAGACCCUGCGGGAGCGCGAGGGCGAGGAGUUCGACAACACCUGCUGCGCCGACAAGCGCAAGAGACUGUGGGACCUGCUGGAGAAGCCCAACUCGUCUGUAGCAGCCAAGAUUCUGGCAAUCAUUUCUAUCCUGUUCAUCAUCUUAUCUACAAUAGCCUUGUCAUUAAACACGCUUCCAGAACUACAAGGUGUAGAUGAGUUUGAGCAAGUAACAGACAAUCCCCAGUUGGCACAUGUGGAGGCAGUCUGUAUUGCAUGGUUUACAAUGGAGUACCUGCUGAGAUUCCUGUCAUCCCCUAACAAAUGGAAGUUUUUUAAGGGACCACUUAAUGUCAUCGAUUUGUUAGCAAUCCUCCCUUACUAUGUAACAAUAUUCCUCACAGAAUCAAACAAAAGUGUACUUCAGUUCCAAAACGUCAGACGGGUGGUUCAAAUUUUCCGGAUCAUGAGGAUACUGCGAAUCCUGAAGCUGGCCAGACAUUCAACGGGUCUGCAGUCUUUAGGGUUUACAUUACGAAGGAGUUACAAUGAACUUGGGCUUCUGAUUCUGUUUCUGGCGAUGGGUAUCAUGAUCUUUUCAAGUUUGGUUUUCUUUGCAGAAAAGGAUGAGGAUGAUACAAAGUUCAAAAGUAUCCCAGCAUCCUUCUGGUGGGCUACCAUUACCAUGACCACAGUGGGAUAUGGGGACAUCUACCCAAAAACUCUGCUGGGUAAGAUUGUUGGUGGAUUGUGUUGCAUUGCUGGUGUGCUGGUCAUUGCUCUUCCAAUUCCCAUUAUUGUAAAUAACUUCUCAGAGUUCUACAAAGAACAAAAGCGUCAGGAAAAAGCCAUUAAACGCCGAGAAGCUCUAGAAAGGGCUAAACGUAAUGGCAGCAUUGUCUCCAUGAACAUGAAAGAUGCCUUUAGCCGCAGCAUAGAACUAAUGGAUGUAGUGGUUGAAAAGACUGAAGACACGCCAGGGAAACAAGAGAAGGUGCAGGAUAAUCACUUGUCCCCCAGCAAGUGGAAAUGGACAAAGAGAACCCUCUCUGAGACAAGUUCUAACAAGUCUUUUGAUGCAAAAGAACAGGCCUCUCCGGAAAAGACUCGCUCUUGUUCUAGUCCACAACAUCUCAAUGUUCAGCAGCUAGAAGAUAUAUACAACAAAAUGGCAAAAACGCAAUCCCAACCAAUCCUCAACUCCAAAGACUCUAACCAGAUCGGCAAACAGGCAGAAGAACUGGAAAUGGAAACCAUCCCUUGCCCACCUGUGCCACUGCUCACCACUCACCACAAAGAGGGCAUCAUUGAUAUGAGGAGCAUGUCCAGCAUAGACAGCUUUAUAAGUUGCACAGCUGACUUUCCAGAAACUACUAGGUUCUCACAUAGUCCAAUGGCAGUUUUGACGUACAAAACCAAUACAAAUUCAGGACACGACACACCCAGUGAUCGGCCAGUGUCCAUGGACAUAAGUGCUGAAAGCUUCACUCAAAUUAGUCCAAGGGCCGAUAGAAAUCGCCAUUCAGCAUACAUUUUGGAAAGUCCAAAAAGUCUUGUGAAAAUGAAAAACCCCAUCAUGCUGAGAUCUCUAAAAGUCAACUUUUUAGAAGGUGACAAGAGGACAUUAGUACCUGCUCCAAAUAUAGUGAACCCUUCCGAGCACAGACUGGGGCAGACAAAGUUAGACAGCUCUUACUUCUCUGAGCAGUCCAUUCGUAGUCCUGAAACGUCUCAGUACACGACAGCAAGUGCGAGAACACCUUCCAGGUCUCCAGAGAAACACAUGGCAAUAGCAUUCACUUUUCAUGAUGCUAAUGUAAAUAAGUAUAUAGAUGCCGACACAGACGAUGAGGGUCAGCUCCUUGAUGGCUUAGAUUCAUGUCCCUCCAAACAGUUGCUGGGCACUAUGAGCCCAAAAUAUAACAUAACAAAUAGUGGUCAUCGAAAGCAAAGGGAGACCCUUCACAGAACCGAAAAGAAUCACCUUGAGAAUAUUGCUCUAUCAACUUCCUCACGGUUCCUAGGACACAACUGCAUUUAUUCCACAGAAGGGAUUACUGGAAGCAAUCGGGGGAAUAUGGAACCAGUCAAGAUGGACAACCAUAUUUCACCAGAGGUCCAUGUGUUACCGGGUGGAGGUGUACGAUCACACACACAUGAGCCCCGCAUGUGACACAGGGAGGAAUGUUCAUACAUGCACCAUGAGCUUCUGCAUGGCCUCCUCUCACACUAACUGAUGGCUGGUCUGCACCAUUCUGGAGACGGCACUGACAACUUUGAUUGAUUUGAUCUCCUUUACUGAACUUCUUUCUUGAAAGCCAUUGUGACCAAAAAAAUACCCUAAUUAAGAUGUCCUGCUUUUAUUCAUUGCUUACACUGCGCUCAUUAAUGGUAGAGGGACCUUCUAAUAAAACAUCUCACUGGUGGUCAGUGGACACCACAUUUCUGGGGAGCAGUGGCCGAGCUCCUCUUAUGUCUUUCUUAAGCUCCCUCAAGGUGAGUUUCACCAGUUGUCGUCACUGGUAGCAGAUGGUGCAUUGUGGAACGUCCUAGAGCAUAAGUGUUCUAGAGCCGAGGGUUCGCAUCAUGUUCUUUACAUCUGUAGCUGCACGAAUCCUUUAUUUCUAGGAUCUCUUUUCUUUUUCUCAUUGUUUGCACACUGCCGGCUGGAGAUGCUGGAGAUGCAGCACUUUAAGUAUGCACCCCCUUUAUUUGUGCCUCUAUGUUUUUUGUAAGAAAUGACUGCUAAGAGUGGCCCUGAGGUGUUGUCAAUUACGCUGGGGCUCUUGUGCUGCUAAUACACAGUGGGCUCAAACUGUUUAUCCCCAUUUUAAAAUGUAGCUAAAUUAUCUAUAGCAAAGUGAUGGAUAUGCUUUCCCCACAAAGAUCCCUGUAAAUCCACAGUGCUCUCCGGGUAAUUAUGAAGGAGAUGUCCAGAACAUGUCCCACCUCUUUUUAUACUCCCAGGCUCCUUUCUUAUUAAUCUGGAACAAAGUUCUCACACACAGAGCAUACAGGAACCUGCUCAUUAGUUCUGGUUUCCUGAGGACGGACACAUCCAAUAGUGGUAACCACAAAGUGACAGCAACAUACAAACAAUUGGCCACAAGCUGUCAGCCACUGGUGCUGGAACUAAUGGUGGGACGUAAGAUGUACAGAAGACAAGAAUGUUCUAAGUUUGUAGCUCUUCUCAAUGCCAGAUAUAAUCUAAAUGUAAUGGACUCCUCUGCUUUACUUAUCUUACAGCACUGAUCUUAUGUCCUACUCUCCUACUCCAUUCUACUGUUACAUCAUGACAGUCACAUUGCAUUACACUCCAGUCACAUCCACAGCUGCAGAAACAAUUGUCAAGGAAUCCACAAGCAUUGACAUACUCACACACACUCUCCAACACCGCAGCUGCUUUCCUGCCAGUUUCCUCUACAGGGAAGCAGUG